ACAUAGACAGCAGCAGAUUCAGAAGCGACAGCAGCAACUCUCAUCAUAUUUUUUUCUUUCUACUACCACUAACAAAAGUCCAUACUGCAAAACAACAACAACCACAUUUCUUUCAUUUCUCUCCCGCUAAAACUCUCUCUUCUCUCUCCUCUUUCACCACCAGCAAUAAUGGAAAUCAAAACCCUAAAUCUCUCUACUCAUUUCCCUUUUCGAAACCCUAAUAAUCGACGAUUUUAUCCUUGUACAUCUUCAGCCAUUGUUGCUCACUUCCCCCAUUAUCUUCCUCUUCCACAGCUUUCUCAUAUUUCUUCUAUUUUAACAUCUUCUUCCUUCAGAGCCAACCGACGUUUCAGAAUAUCUUGUAUAACUCCUAUAGAUCAAAAUUUGAUCGAAACCCCUAAUAAUUUGACUGAAGAAGAUUCAACUGUUUCUACUUCGGAUUCCGAAGUAGAAGUUCAAAGUGAUCCGUCUCAGGGAAUUAUUAGUUCGGUGAAAGAAGGAAUAAAUGUUGAGAUUGUUAAUGAUAGUAUUUGGAAGCAAAUAAAGGAAAUUGCUUUAUUUGCAGGACCUGCUGCUGGGUUAUGGAUAUGUGGUCCACUUAUGAGUCUCAUUGAUACGGCCAUUAUUGGACAAGGGAGCUCUUUAGAGCUUGCUGCAUUAGGGCCAGCUACAGUUGUGUGUGAUUACUUGAGUUAUGUGUUUAUGUUCCUCUCCAUUGCCACAUCUAAUAUGGUUGCAACAUCUCUUGCAACAGGGGAUAAAAAUGAUGUACAACACAAGAUAUCUAUCUUGCUCUUUGUUGGUUUCGCUUGUGGAUUGGGAAUGCUUUUGCUCACUAAAUUCCUGGGCAUAAAGCUAUUAAGCGGUUUUACUGGGGCAAAGAAUUUGCAUCUAGUACCAGCUGCCAACACAUACGUCCAGAUUCGAGGCCUAGCAUGGCCUGCUAUUCUCGUUGGCUGGGUUACUCAAAGUGCUAGUCUUGGCAUGAAAGAUUCGUGGGGACCGUUGAAGGCUUUGGCUGUUGCCAGUAUAGUAAAUGCAACUGGUGAUAUUGUACUGUGCAUGUUCUUAGGCUAUGGAAUUGCUGGUGCUGCUUGGGCAACGAUGGUCUCACAAGUAGUUGCUGCCUUUAUGAUGAUUGGGGCUUUAAAGAACAAAGGCUACAAUGCUUUCUCCAUAGCUAUCCCAUCAGCUAAAGAACUUCUGCAGAUAUUUGAACUCGCUGCUCCAGUGUUCGUAACAAUGAUUUCCAAGGUGGCAUUUUAUUCUUUCCUUGCAUACUUCGCUACAUCUAUGGGUACUCGCAAAAUUGCAGCUCAUCAGGUUAUGAUUCAGGUUUAUUGUAUGUGUACUGUAUGGGGUGAGCCUCUCUCCCAAACUGCACAGUCCUUUAUGCCUGAGUUAAUAUGUGGAACCAAUAAAAGCUUGCAAAAGGCACGGAUGCUUUUAAAGUCGCUUUUGGUCAUUGGAGCCAUAGCUGGAGCAAUAUUGGGAGUUGUUGGUACAUCUGUCCCUUGGUUGUUCCCAAAUCUUUUUACAACUGACGCUGAGGUCAUUGGUGAGAUGCACAAAGUGUUGCUACCGUACCUCAUAGCGUUAAUAGUUACACCAUCAACACAUAGCCUUGAAGGGACGCUGCUGGCUGGCAGAGAUCUUAGGUUCCUAAGUAUAUCUAUGAGUGGAUGUUUUACUUUGGGUGGGCUUCUGGUGUUGGUACGUACUAGUAAGCAACAGGGGUUUUGGCCUAGCAGGCUGUUGGUGGUCUCUCGCAGCGUUUCAAUGGGCUAGAUUUUUUCUCGCUCUGAGUCGCCUCACUUCUCCAACUAGCUUUCUACAGUCUGAUAAAUUGAUCCUUAGUCAAGUGGAAAAGGUGAAAACCACAUAGGAUGCAUUCAGCAGAAAGAUUGGCGGCAAAGGCCUGCCUCAUUCUGUUAAUUGUAUCGGCUGGGUUAAUUUGCUCAGCCUGUAAAAGAACUGGCGAGGCGUUAGUAGCAGAACUUCCAAUCAACAAUAUUCAUUUAGGCGUAAAAUUAAUUCACUCUGCAAAUAUUGUUUUUCACGAAGACGAAGAAGAAAAGUAAGUCCCUGAAGAAAGCAGCAGUACAAAUGUACGUUUGUUGCAUUAUGGUAGUACCUGAAGAAUUUGUAGGAUCAGUUAAGCAAUACUGUAAACUAUAAACGUAGAUUGUCCUUAGUUUGUCAUAUGUAAAACUUAAAACUCUUGUUUCAUUUCCUGUUUACUGAAAGCAUGUUGUUCAU